AUGGCCCGCAUGGCUGAGAGAGGGAGAAAUGGGCCCCGUCCUUCAAAUCUACUACACCACCAAAAAAGGACCCAAGCAGCCAGUAAGAUCCAGGCCUUGUGGCGCGGAUUCCUGGUGAGGCAGACUCUGCUGGUUGCUGCCCUCAAUGCCUGUGUGAUUCAGUGCUGGUGGAGGAACAUCCUGCACAGGCACAUUCUUAAACAGCGGCUGGCCCUGCUGCGGAUAUACGUCAUCGAGGAAGAGGCGGCAGUCAGGCUCCAGGCCUGGGUUCGCAUGUGGCAGUGCCGUAGGUAUUUCAGUCACAUGUGCAACACGCUCUGUGUGGUCCAGUCCCUCGAGAGCAGCAUCACCUUCCAGAAUGAUGACAUUUUUCAGGUUCAAUAUGGAAUGGUUCCCAAGCAGCCAGAGUUCCAUAUUGAAAUCCUCUCCCUCUAG